GUCCGUGCGUUUGGGCCCGCUGCGACUUCCCGCUCGGGCUCCUCGUCGAGAGAACUCGCCGCUCGCGCUCGGCAGCCCCGGCCGGGCGCGCGCGGGCCGUCAUGCCGCGCCGGGCGGCCGCGGGAGGGGCGGCCCUGCUGUGCGCUGCAGGGCUCGUCAUCGGCGGCACGCGCGAGGAGGUCUUCUCCCUCGUCGGCGCGCCGGCGGGCGCCGGUGCCGCCAGCCUCGUGGCGCGGCCACCUCGCGCCGCGGGCGCCGCCGCGCCCGGCACGCCAGGCCCCGAGCCUCGGAGGAGGAGAAGCCGGCAUGGGCAUGCGAGCGAGGGAGCCGGAGUGGAGGGUUGCUCGGG